UUUUGUGUGAACGGAAUUCACAACAAAUAUGAAUGUUACAAUUUCUUAGUUCUUUUAAAAAAUCUACAACAAUAUAAUGGAAUAAACAUCUAGUACCUUAUCAGCGGCCGGCCCCUCUGUAUGAAAAAAACUCAUUCUCACGCAUAAAACACAUUAAAAAUGAUUGAAAUUGAAACCUACUUUAUGGAGUCAUUGCCGACAGAGAUUUUGAUCUACAUAUUCACAUUUCUGACACCGAAAGAACAAGCAAAAUGCCGUCAAGUCUGCUGGAGAUGGAAGCGUAUCAUCGACAAGCUUUCAAACAACGACUGCUUAUGGCUCAAACACUGCAAGAAAGACUUUAAAGACAUUUAUUCAGUAGCAUAUUACAAACGAGUGCAUGGAUUAAACUGGUGUAAUAUCUACCGAUCGUUAACACUCUGGGCGAAAUUAGAUAAAGCGAGUGAAUCGAUUGAUGAAUUUGCAUCCGCGACAGGCUGUAUGGACGAAAUACGAGAUUUUCAACUGCUAAGAUAUGGCCUGAUAGGUGUUCAUACUCGAGGUGCAAUUAAUUAUUACGACUUGGACACAUUAAAGCCAUCUAGAAGAACAUCUAUAUCAGGUAAUUAUCUUCGUUACGUUGAAAACGAUGAUACUAUAAUAAUAUUAGGUUACAAUCUAAAUUUAUUCAUAGUACGAAAACUUAUAACCGAGUCACACAAUGAAACCAGUAUGACAUUUCAUAAUGUAAAAACGUUUCUCUUGGUCGAAGAUGAUUUAUUCUAUAUAUCGUUAACCGAUGAAGUUUUUUUAUGUAGAUUACAAGAAGAUAGUUUAAAAGCUGUGUUUCUUAAUCAAGUCGAGAGUAGCAUCAUGUCGGUUGGAUAUGAUAAUGGAAACAUUAACAUACUUACAUUUCGAAAAGAAAUCUUUUCUAUUGUUGGUCAUGAAUUGAUACAUCGAGGCUUUUUAGAUACAUCAACAAAUCUAUUACAUGAGUUAAAUAAAUACAACUUUCUUGAGAACCUAGACUGGAGAGUGUACUUCCAAUGGAUGUAUGUGUUGAAACAUAUAAUUCCAGAUGGUCCAUUACGUGAUAUUAUCAUUAUUAAAACAUACGGAGAGGCAGUUUUUGUAGGUUCCAGUUGGGGCGUAUUUCGUAUUUACUACGCUCCAUAUAAAGAUGAUAAAUUUGAUCUAUUUAAUUCGGAACCAGUAAAGCAAAUAAAUUUUAUGGAGCGGUAUGAUUGCCCCGUGCUGUCAAUGUGCCCCAUAAUUCAAAUAGACGUAAUUGAAGAUGAAGAUAGCCAUAUGAUUUUUAUAGCAAUGCCAAAGAAAAUUGCUGUUGUAACAUAUAGUCACAGUUCUAAAGGUACAACCUCAGCUGCAAUGUUGCCAUAUAGAGGAGUAUAUAAAAUAAAAAUGCUAAAUGUUUCUGAUUAAACCUUUUCUUAUAUAUUAUAUUUAAUGUAAAAACUUUACCUAAUUAUUUACAUUAAGAUAACAUUUUAAUAAAUGCUCUGAAAAAAAAAGUUUCAAAAAUAUCCCAUAACAAUUUUUAUAAUCUUUUUCACUUUUGUACUUUUUAAUAAUUAAAAGACAAAAUAAAAUAUCUUUUUGACAAUAUGUAAAAAAAAAAAAACACUUAUGGACUACAGAUGUUGAACUUUGCAAUGAGCCAAAUAUUAAAAUAAUAAUUAAAUUAAACCUAUUUAAUAAAAUAAUUAGAAGUUUAUUUAAAAAAAAAAUGCUUGCCUAAAAGAGUAUUAUUUUUAUUUAUUUGUUUUUUAGUUCGGUUAAUUUGUUAAUGAUGGUUAAUAAUUUUAAGUUAGAUAUUUAUUUUUAUUUCUUAAACAAUUAAAAAUUGUUGAACCGUGAGUUCAGUCAUAGACCACUGUUUAAAAAAAACAUGUAUAUAACUUUUAAUAAAUGUUGUUCCAAUUUUCAAAAGGGUUGACAGUAAUGAUCCCGCCAUAAGCCAUAGGCUUAAAAACUAGAACCUUUAUACUACAUAAACCACUCAGAUAAUUUUUAAUAGUAGUAUCAUUACUAUUUUACAAUAAAUGAUUAUAAAAAUGUUGUUUAUAAAAACACAUUUUAAAUUAAUUAGAUAUAAUAUGAUUCUCUCAUGAGGUUUUCUUAUCAAAAAGUAUGUACAACUUUGUAACAAAAAUCUAUAGAUCUUAUUUUUCUAGGAUUUAAUAAUUAAUUUAUAUUUAUUUUGUUAAAAAUAUUAUUUGUCUGUGAUUAUGAUUAUAUAAAAUCAAUUAAAAAAAUAACAUGUAAUUCAUUGUGUUGUGUACUAAAAAAUAUAUAUAUAAUAUUUGAUCUCAAUUAUCUGGUAGAGACCAGAUGGUGUUACAGAUUCCAUUGAUUGUCAGAAUGACGCUACUGUAGCUAGAAGGUAGUAUAAGCUAGUAUUACCUGAAAUUAAUAUGUGUUUAUUAAUUGGGAUUAAGGAGUUUGAUUUGAAAAUAGCAAAUGGCUAAGUUUCAAUUUAUUUAUGUUUGACUCUAUCGAUGUUUCUAGCUCCAACAACGCCGUCUACAUUUAAUACAUUUUGAGGGACACUUUUUAUAACACUUCUUUAUUCCAUAUUAUAAUAACUACUAUAUUAGAGCUCUGUUUUAUUUAUUAAAAUGUCCGUAUGCUAAGUGAAUUCGUUCCAUACGGGUUCGUUCGUAUGGACGGUUAACUUUGAAGCGGCGAAGAUUAAUUUGGCUAACUUAUGAAUAAUAACUGCAAUAACCGUUAUAAUUUGCGCUUAAUUUGAUUUUAAAUAAAUAUAAGUAUUUUUAAAUAUAUACCGCGCUUUUACAUUAUGCCAAUUGUUUUUUUUUUUGGCGUGUAUUUACGCUAUUUGAGCGCAAGCCGCAAAAUAUUCUGCCAAUGUCACUUUGUUUUUUGUAGUUUGUAACUGACAGCCGUCAGAAAUGCAUUCACUCGGCAGCCGGAAUUCAGUGUUGUAUGCUGAGAGUAUAUCGAAUAUUUGAUCUCAAUUACUUUUAAUGUUCAUAUUUUUUACAUAAAGUCGGAACUACACGGAAGUAGGAGUUAGUUCAAAUAGUACAUUUGAACUAAACAAUCUUUGAGAUAUGAUUAAUAUAUCGUGAUAGUUUCUAUAACUUUGUUUAAUUUAUAAUACACUAGUCUAUUUUAUAGUAUAUGCUUAGAAUAAAAAUAGUAGCGUAAGUAGCGUUUGCGGGCCACAACGCAAUGAGUCAGGGGCCUAGAAAAAAAAAAUUGUUGUCAAAGAAUCUUUUGUAGCUUCUUGAUUCAACAGAAGCUUUGAACAAAAAACAACAAACAAACGAACGAACAAAUUGAAACAAAAAUUGGUUGCACUGGCAUAUCUACGUCACUGAGAAAUAAUUGAUUUAGAUUUUAGACAAUAAUGAGAAAUUGUCAAACAUAUUGCAAAAUGGACAUUGAAAGGUAGGCAAUUAAUUGUUUUUCUAUGUCUAUCAUGUUUGACAAUUAAAGCGAAAAGAAAUCAUAGCGUUUCUUCUUUAUUUUAUAAAUGUUGAAACUUACCGUUUUAUAUCAUUUAUGGAUUUAAAAAAAUAUAUUUCAAUAUUUUCAAAAGGAAGAAGAAACGCGAUGACAUACAAUAUGAACCUAUUCUAUGUUUAAAAAACUUUGUCAUAUAUUUCGAAUAUAUUUACAAUUAGGAAGCUUUCGCAUUUUAAGUGGACUAGACGAAAUCCAGGAGAAGGAUUUUAGAUAGUUGGGGCAAGCGAUGGUAGAGAAGUGGAGUCGAGAGUACAUAUCAUGACAUGCUUCGAUGGUUGUCUAGCUUUUAAGGCCACAGAACCGCAAGUCCUGGGUUCAAUUAUUGGACUCUUGUUUAGAUUGGUCACUAGCUGCACGGAGUCUCAAAGUUGACAGUGCAUACACUCCUUUGCCUUGAAAGCACUUUGAAGGGUUGGUGCUGCGCCUAAACUCUUUCCGAUAGCAUUGGAUUCACCGUCCCAUUGAAUUAAAAGAGGAUAAAGAUUGCACUUGUGUUUUGCACUCACUUGUGCACUAUAAUUUUUCCCGCGUAAUCGAUGUUUGCAUAAACGAAAUUAAAUAAGGUUUUCUACACAUGAGCAAUACUGUUUUUGUAAAAAUUGAUAAAAAAUGUGUUAAAUGAUUUGUGAUAAUUAAA